CCUCCUCCACUUCCAACAGCGCCCUCGUCUGUCUUCUCUCUCAAACCACUAUUUGACCUUACGAUCCAGAUCUGAGAAGAAGUAAUGGCCGGAAAGGGUGAAGGCCCAGCCAUCGGAAUCGAUCUUGGAACCACCUACUCUUGCGUCGGAGUAUGGCAACACGACCGUGUCGAGAUUAUCGCCAACGAUCAGGGCAACAGGACUACUCCCUCUUACGUUGCUUUCACCGAUACAGAACGUUUGAUCGGCGAUGCCGCCAAGAAUCAGGUCGCUAUGAACCCCAUUAACACUGUUUUCGAUGCAAAGCGUCUAAUCGGUAGGAGAUUCAGUGACUCCUCUGUUCAGAGUGAUAUCAAGUUGUGGCCUUUUAAGGUCAUCCCUGGACCUGGGGACAAGCCCAUGAUCGUGGUCGUCUACAAGGGCGAAGAAAAGCAGUUUGCUGCUGAGGAAAUCUCUUCAAUGGUUCUCAUCAAGAUGCGUGAAAUUGCAGAAGCUUACCUUGGAUCGGCUGUGAAGAAUGCAGUUGUCACUGUCCCGGCAUACUUCAAUGAUUCUCAGAGACAAGCUACAAAAGAUGCCGGUGUCAUUGCUGGUCUCAACGUCAUGCGUAUAAUAAACGAGCCAACAGCUGCUGCUAUCGCCUAUGGUCUUGACAAGAAAGCAACUAGCGUUGGUGAGAAGAAUGUGCUUAUCUUUGAUCUUGGUGGUGGCACUUUUGAUGUCUCCCUCCUCACCAUUGAAGAGGGUAUUUUUGAGGUUAAAGCAACCGCCGGAGAUACCCAUCUUGGAGGUGAGGACUUUGACAACAGGAUGGUGAACCAUUUCGUUCAGGAGUUCAAAAGGAAGCACAAGAAGGACAUUAGUGGCAACCCCAGAGCUCUGAGGAGAUUGAGAACAUCAUGUGAAAGGGCUAAGAGGACUCUCUCAUCCACUGCUCAGACUACCAUUGAAAUUGAUUCUCUCUAUGAGGGUAUUGACUUCUACUCCACUAUAACCCGGGCCAGAUUUGAAGAACUCAACAUGGAUCUCUUUAGAAAGUGUAUGGAGCCUGUGGAGAAAUGUUUGAGAGAUGCUAAAAUGGACAAGAGCACUGUUCAUGAUGUUGUUCUUGUUGGUGGAUCCACUAGAAUUCCCAAGGUACAGCAGCUAUUGCAAGAUUUCUUCAAUGGGAAGGAGCUCUGCAAGAGUAUCAACCCUGAUGAAGCUGUUGCCUAUGGUGCUGCUGUACAAGCUGCCAUUUUGAGUGGUGAGGGCAAUGAGAAGGUUCAAGACUUGCUGCUGUUGGAUGUCACCCCUCUCUCUCUUGGGUUGGAAACAGCUGGAGGAGUCAUGACUGUUUUAAUUCCAAGAAACACCACCAUUCCAACCAAGAAGGAACAAGUGUUCUCCACAUACUCAGAUAACCAACCUGGUGUGUUGAUUCAGGUGUACGAGGGUGAGAGAACAAGGACCAGAGACAAUAAUUUGUUGGGAAAAUUUGAGCUCUCUGGCAUCCCUCCAGCACCUAGGGGUGUGCCUCAGAUCACUGUUUGCUUUGAUAUUGAUGCAAAUGGUAUUUUGAAUGUCUCCGCUGAGGACAAGACCACAGGGCAGAAAAAUAAGAUUACAAUUACCAAUGACAAGGGCAGGCUGUCCAAGGAAGAAAUUGAGAAGAUGGUCCAGGAAGCAGAGAAGUACAAGUCUGAGGAUGAGGAACACAAGAAGAAAGUGGAGGCUAAGAAUGCCUUGGAGAACUAUGCUUACAACAUGAGGAACACUAUCAAGGAUGAAAAGAUUGGUGCCAAGCUCACUCCAGCUGACAAGAAGAAGAUUGAGGAUGCAAUUGACCAGGCCAUUCAGUGGCUUGACAGCAACCAGUUGGCUGAAGCUGAUGAGUUUGAAGAUAAGAUGAAGGAGCUUGAAAGCAUCUGCAACCCCAUCAUUGCGAAGAUGUACCAGGGUGCAGGUCCUGACAUGGGUGGCCCCAUGGAAGAUGAUGUUCCUCCAGCCAGUGGAAGUGGUGCUGGCCCCAAGAUUGAGGAGGUGGAUUAAGCAAGGAAAUUGGUUUCUCUUGCUUAGUUUAUAUUUGGUUUUUAAGUACUUUUUUGUGGUCGGAUGGUAAAAACUUUGGGUUGGCUUCUUGUCUCUCUGCCAUGGAUUUUGGAUUUUGAAUUUCGUGGCUUAGGUUAAAUUAUGGAUGAUUCCCCUUUAUAUUGUCUUUAGAAUCAUUAUUAAUAUGAGCAAAUGAAUCAAUACUUUUUUGCUCAAAUAUUCCAAAA